AUGAGAUUCUGCCGUGAGAAUCUGUGGAAUGUUACAGAAAACACUUUUUCACUUGCAGAAGCAAAAUAUUCAAAUCAAAUUUUUUCGGCAAAGAUCUUAAACAACAACCAAGAUACGCAAAAUGUCCUCAAAAUAUCGAAAUUACACGAUAAUGGCUUUCGAUUUUUUGUAGAACUCCCAGAUGAAAAGUCAAAAUACAGAUAUGACAUUUUUCACGAUGAUUUAAUUGUCAAUAAAUCAAAGUUCACUGAUUUAGAUGAUAUCUCUUACAGUACUGAUCAUUCAGGCAAUCAUUUCUUAAAAUACGAUGAUUUUACGAUCCAAAUCUCUCCAAAUCCACUUUCAAUAUCUAUGAAAAAGGGAGUGAUGAACUACAUUGAUAUUUUCUCCAAAGAUCCCUUCUUUGUAGUCGAAGAUGGCAGUUCUGUUCCAGAUGAAGUUUGGCAAGACAAAACAGAGAAAAUACCUCAUGGAAAGACAUCGGUCGGUAUCUCAUUUACUUUUGAUAGUUCAGCACAAUUAUCUGGAUUAUCCAUUGAUAAUAUGACGCUAGAUAUUGAAGAUACAAAAGAAACAAGAAGAUUCGCACGAGAUGCUAAUUUAAUACUGCAAUAUUCAUUUGUUCCUUUCCUAUUUGCCCGUGGACACAAACUAGAAUACGUUCCUGCUGUUUUUUGGAUGAAUCCUUCUGAUACUUUUUAUUCUGUUCAAACUAAGUCAAUAUAUCGCAAUGUAAGAUUACUAUCAGAAGGUGGAUACAUUGAUUUCGUUGUUUUCAUUGCAAAUUUCACAGAACUUUUCAAGCAAUACACAGAUUUAACAGGAAGACCUAAUUUACCACCGGGAUGGGCUCUUGGUUAUCAUCAGAGCAAAUGGGGAUAUAAGAACCAAACAGAAGUUGAAGAAGUAAUGCAAAAUUUCACAAUUUCUAAUAUUCCUUAUGAUGGGUUUUGGUUAGACAUAGAUCAUCUUGACCAUCAAACACCAUUAACAAUGAGCAGCGAAUGGUUCGACAAUUCUUCAAAAUUAUUUAAUAAAUUCAAAAAUACAAAAAGAGGACUCAUAAGAAUCACAGAUCCUCAUAUGAAAGUCGAUGCUGAUUACGCUCCAUACAACGAAUGCGUCGAAAAAGGAUUUUUGAUUCAAUAUAAUAAUUCUGAAUUUCAGGAUUGGUGCUGGCCAGGAAACAGUGCUUGGCCUGACUUCCUCAGAAGCGAUGUCAGAGAUUGGUGGUCUUCUAAGUUCACUUCAGAUUUCGGAUAUCCAGAAAACAUUUACGCCUGGAAUGACAUGAAUGAGCCUUCAACAUGGACCAGCAUUGAUAAUACUCUUCCAAAAGACUCUCUUCAUCUCAACAAUACGAUAGAAAAUCGUGAAAUACACUCAAUUUACGGUUUAUCCAUGACAGCAGGCACUUUUAAAGGAUUUAUGACGAACAGACCCAAUAAAAGGCCAUUUGUUCUUACCAGAUCUUACUUUGCCGGUUCACAAAAGUUUGCAUGGCAUUGGUCCGGCGAUAAUUACCCUACAUGGUCAGCCUAUCGCCAAUCCAUUGAUUCCCUGUUGACUACAAACAUAAAUGGCAUGUUCUUUUCAGGAUCAGACCUCGGCGGAUUCAUGGAAAACACAACCGACGAAUUACUCUUGAAAUGGUUCCAAUUAGGAUCACUUUUAUAUCCUCUGUACAGAGAACAUUCGCAUACAGACACAGUACAUAGAGAACCAUAUCUUUUCAACAACACAGAUUUAGAUAUGUACAAAAGUCUCAAGAAAGCGAUCUCUGACAGAUAUUCCUUUAUUCCUUUCUUUUAUACAGCAAUGGAAGAAACUGUUCGCACCGGAAUUCCUUUCGCUCGUCCUCUUUGGUUCGAAUUUCCUAAAGAAGUUUUUGAGAAAAACACUGCGAAAUAUCAACCAUUAGUUGGCGGAAGAAUGAUGAUUUGCCCUGUUUUAGAAGAGAACCAGACAGAAAUAGAAGUAGUUAAACCUCCUGGCAGAUGGUUCAACCUUCGAAAUGGCAAAGAAUUGACUGAAGACACGAAAUUCGAUGUCAACAAAUAUGAUGACAUUUUUGUUUUUAUUCGCGAAGGAACAAUAACUGCGAAUUAUUCAUCGAUAGGAAUGAGUGUUCAUGAAACUGUUGAUAAUGAAAUAACACUCAUUAUUAGUGUAGAUGAAGACAUGAAUUCACAAGGAACACUGUAUUUCGAUGACAUGGAAACAUUCGAUUACAAAGAAAACAAAUUUUUGAGAGUUAAUAUGAGUUUCCAUCCGAAUGAAAUGAAUAUUGAAGUUUCUGGUGAUUACAAGAAGGAAGUUAUCUGUAACAAGAUAAUUAUAUACGGUCUAAAGCAUGCUCCUUAUUUCAGUAUUGAUGAUUCGAAAGUUUUGUUUGAUGGAGUUGUUUGUUACAUUUCUGAACUGAAAUUAAAUAUUGGAGAAAAUCACAACUUUAAAGUGGACAACAACAGUAAAGUUAUACUGAUUUCUACUGUUACAACUGCAGUCAUUUUGAUUAUAAUUUUGAUUGUAAUCAUUGUUGUUUUCACAAGAAGAAAACAAGGCCCAACAACUGUCAAUUCAAUGAAUGAUUUGAUGGACGAAAAAGUUAGUAAACAGAAUUAA